ACCCCCUGGAAGCUGACGGUCCUACAGUCGCGGAGCUGAUUGGGUGUUCUUGGGCGCUACGUAGCCCGGGUUUCCCGGAAUUUGGGUUGAGCUGGGGAGAGUGGAGUAUGGCUUCUCUGAGUCAGCCCUUGCGCGAGCUACAGGGACCUUUGCUCCCCUCCAAGGACCUGGUGGAGGAGGAAGAUGAUUAUCUGAGGGAGGAUGCGGAGGAGGAGGAAGACACGGUGUUUGUCGAUGCCGAGGAGCUCUGCAGUGGGGGUGUAAAAGCGAGCAGCCUCCCUGGUCGACUCCGUGUUUCAAUUUUUGAUGAAAAUACUCACCAGCAAUGUGAAGUGUUUGGACGUUUUCCGUUAAUGGGUGCUUGGUGGCGAGUGAAGGUACAGGUGAAGCCGGUAGGAUCAAGGAGCUAUCAAGUUCAAGGAUUUCCUUCUUACUUUUUACAAUCAGAUAUGUCAGCACCAAAUCAGUUACACAUCUGUUCCCUCUUUCUUAAAGACUGUAAUGUCUCCAGUGAAAACAGAAGUAAAUUUUUAGCAUGGGUAAAUGCUGAAUCAAGUUAUAAAGACCUCAACUUUGAAAAUCUUAGGGAAAAAUUAAGAACUUACCAAAAGAACAUUGGAAGGAAUACUCAAAAACAAUCUACACAGAAAACACAAGAAGAGUCACCACCAGAUUACGAGAUACUGCGUUCUCUGGAAAACACAAUUCCAUUUAUAACUGUGAUGAGAGCUUUGCAGUUCCCAAAAAUAAUGGAAUUCCUUCCAGUUCUUCUGCCCCGACACUUUAAACGGCUCAUAAGCUCAGAUUCUACAGAGGUGUUGGAAGAGAUAGAAGAGAUUUUAGGUACACAGCCAUGGAAGCUCGGAUUUCGUAAAAUAACCUACAGACAGUUGAAGCUUCUGCAAUGUGAGGCAAGUUGGACAUCGUUUUGUCAGUGCAGAUCUCUUCUCCAGUUGAUGACUGAUUUGGAGAAGAAUGCAUUAGUAAUAUAUUCUGAACUGAAGCGGAUGUGUAGAGAGCAAGGGCACACGUGUGUUGAAGAAGCUGACUUAACUUCUGAAUUGUCAGACCGCAUGUCUUUUCAUGAUGCUUGGCAGUCUCUGAAGUUCUUGAAGGAUAUCGGUGUGGUGACGUAUGAGAAAGGCUGUGUCUUUCUUUAUGACCUUUACCAGGCUGAAAGAGGCAUUGCCUCUUCAAUCUGUGACCUGAUGACAAGGUCGCCAUGGCGAUUACAUGUUGAUGUCAAAAAGGUGCUUGCGUCUAUUCACACCACAAGACCUGAGAAUUCAGAAAGUGAUGAUACGCUAAAUAAAAGUGAACCUGACGAAACAAGAUUAGAAAAUCCUGUGGAUAUUUGCGACACGCAGGAGGACAGCGGUGACCAUAUUUGGGAUAAUGGUGAAAAUGAAGUUAAGGCAGAAAUAAGUGAAGUCCAACUGGAUCAGGAUCAGGUGGCUGCUUUGGACAUGAUUUGCUCCAAUGCUGUGACAGUCAUCAGUGGGAAAGGUGGUAGUGGGAAGACCACAAUUGUUAGCCAGCUUUUUAAGCAUAUAGAGCUGUUGGAAGAAGGAGAAGUGAAAAAGGCUUGUGAAGAUUUUGAACAAGACCAGAAUGUACCAGAAGAAUGGAUUACCUUCACCGAGCAGAGUCAGCCGAAGCCGGGCAAGGCUAUAGAAGUUUUACUUACAGCACCUACAGGGAAAGCAGCUGGCUUACUGAGACAGAAAACUGGUUUCAGCGCUUAUACACUAUGUCAGGUCAAUUAUAGCUUCUACUUAUGGGAGACAAAAACAAUGACCAAGGACAUGCCAUGGAAAUUUUCUUCGGUUAGAGUUCUGGUUGUGGAUGAAGGGAGUUUGGUAUCUGUCGGAAUCUUUAAAUCAGUUUUAAAUUUACUGUGUGAGCACUCCCAACUUUCUAAGCUUAUUAUCCUUGGUGAUAUUAGACAGUUACCCAGUAUUGAACCUGGUAACUUGCUGAAAGAUCUUUUUGAGACUCUCAAGUCAAGAAAUUGUGCUAUUGAACUAAAGACAAACCAUAGAGCAGAAUCUGAACUAAUUGUGGACAAUGCUACGAGAAUCUCGAGACGCCAGUUUCCAACAUUUGAUGCAGAGCUGAAUAUCUCUGAUGAUCCAACAUUCCCUGUCUCAAUACAAGAUAAAUCAUUUAUUUUUGUUAGACUCCCAGGAGAAGAUACCAGUUCUCAGUUCUCAAAAAGUAAUCAUCACUCUUAUUUAUAUUCUGCAGUUAGCACUUUACUCAAAGAAAAGGACCUAGAAGAUGCAAAAACAUCACAAUUUAUUGCAUUUAGAAGGCAGGACUGCGACGUGAUCAACACCUGCUGUUGCAAGCACUACACGGGCCGUCUAAUCAAAAACCAUCAGAAUAGACUUGAAUUUGGAGUUGGUGAUAAAAUUUGUUGUACCAGGAACGCGUAUCUCUCAGACUUACUCCCUGAAAAUACCUUCAACAGCCAACAAAAUAAUGAACUAAAGGCCGGUGGCGAAGACUUUAAUGGUACUCCUCAUGGUUUUGCUAAAAAUAAGCAUGACUUUGAAAGUGGUAUUCGACUCUGCAAUGGAGAAGUAUUUUUCAUAACAGAGGAUAAAACUGAUAUAACUUUUGGAAAGAAAAGAUUUUUGACCAUUAAUAAUAUGGCUGGCUUCGAAGUAACUGUGGAUUUUGGGAAACUAAUGCAAUAUUGUAACAUAAAACAUGCAUGGGCAAGAACUAUUCACACUUUUCAGGGGUCGGAGGAGAAGACAGUCGUGUAUGUGGUUGGGAAGGCGGGCCGCCAGCACUGGCAGCACGUGUACACAGCGGUGACCCGGGGCCGGUGCAGAGUGUACGUCAUUGCAGAAGAGUCUCAGCUUCGGAGCGCAAUUAUGAAAAACAGUGUUCCCAGAAAAACGCGUUUAAAACAUUUUUUGCAAAACAAGCUCUCCGAGAGCUGUGCAUCUCCAGCAGAGUUUGCAUCCCCAUCAAAGAGCUCUGAAGACAGCAGGAGACCCAGCACACAUCCAUCAGCAUCCCCACUCCCUACAGCCACAGAUGACAGGGUGACAGAUUACGUCCCCAGAAGGAGGGCCUCUGUGUCUGAUGACACGCUGUUUGCCUUUGCUGAAGGAUGGAAAUUAUCUUCAUCUGAGGAAGUGCGUACAAUUGAGGAUCCAUCACAAUCGAGAGGGUCCAAAAGAACAUGUUGCAUGAAUGCCACUGCAAGUCCAAACAAAAUUCUUAUGGUGGAAGAAUCAUCUCCCCAAGUGUCUUCUAAACUUCAGAAUUUGAGACUAAAUAGUUUAACCCCCAGGCAACUUUUCAAACCUACAAAUAAUCAAGAAACUUAGUUUUAUUUCAGAUUGCUCAAAGUAAUUGUCUAUUUUUUUCCAUUCAACACAAAAUGAACGUCAUAGCUUCAAAGGAUCAAGACAAAAGAGGAUGUCUAUUAACUGGAGUUUUAUUUUAAGGCAUUUGUGUUAGCAGAUGUUUUAAAAUCAUUUCAUCAAAGAAAACCUUAGUGAUUUUGACAUCUGUCAUCAGGAGAACUGACAGCACUGGUCAUAUAUGAGGGAAAAAUAUGUUAUAUAUUUUUUUUAAAAAACCUCUGUACUUUUAAAAGUGUUUUAUUUUUAGAAUAAUGCCUUAUUAAUUUCCAUCAUCGUUGUGGGUGAUCCUUGCCAUUGGGUUGAAGCAGUGGUAAAGAUAAACUGUAAUUAUAUCUCUUAAAUUAUUGACACAUAUUCUAGGACAUUGUGUCUUCUGCAAAGUGGUCAUCUCGCAAGGGUGCUACUUGCUCCAUCACUGCUGCCUGGGCCUACCUGGUACAUUUUCCUGGAAAUUCCUGCUGAGCUGGAAGCACAUUGGGUUUUGUUUUUGUUUUCUUAAUUUGAGAUAUAAUUGACAUAGGACAUUGGGUAAGUUUAAGGUGUGCAUCAUGUUGAUUCACUACUUCUAUAUUGCAAUAUAAUUACCACUGUAGCAUUAGCUAAUAUGUCUAUCAUGUCACAUAGUUAUCAUUUCUUCUGGGAGUAUAUUGUUUUAAAGAUAUUCCACUUUGAAAAUUUUUUUUUCCUCAGUGACUUGAUUUUUUUGAGUUUACUAUUAAAUGGUAAAAGAAAAAGUUAGGAAAACUUUACCUGUUAUCCCAGUGUUUUAAAAAUAGCCUUCCUGAGAUAUAAUUCACAUACAGUUCACCCGUUUACAUAGUUGAGUGGCUUUUAGUAAAUUCACCACAAUUGAUUUUAGGACAUUUUUAUCAUCCCCCAAAGAAACCCUGUACCUCUUAACUCUAAUCCCUUUUCCGCUUCAGCCCUAGAACUGCUAAUCUAUUUUGUCUCUAUUGAUUUGCCUAUUUCAGACAUUUCAUAUAAAUGGAAUCAUACAAUAUAUGAUCUCUUGUUACUGACUUUGACUUAGAAUAAUGUUUUCAGACUUCAUCCACAUUGUAACAUGUAACAGUGCUUCAUCCCUCUCCCUUUUUUAAAGUUUGAAAAAAAAAUUAUGUACAAAGAACUAGCAUUAUUUCUUUUAUUGGGUGUAUGUCUUGGUUAAUCCGUUCAAGGAGUGUCGUUUUAUCCAGCUUGAUGAAGCCUAUAUCUUUUGUGUACUGAUGGAAAAACUGGCGGCAUAUAUUGAGGUAAUAUUUCCAGAUCAGACCAUGCUGGUUUGAGCUGAUGUGGCGAGAUCAGGAACCUUGGCUGAAUUUUUGCAGGUAGCUCUAGUAGAGUUGCUCAUGACCCAUCCUGCUUUCAGGAGUGUGGUGAGGUGGAAGGCCUUCAUUUCUUUUUAUUACGAAAUAUUCCAUUGUAUGCAUAUGGUAUGUUGAAUUUAUCCAUUCAUUAGUUGAUGGACA